UGAAGGAUCCCCUGGAAUACCAGGUCUACCAGGCCCCCCAGGUGUCCCCUAUGUGGAGGGAAAUGGGAUGAGCAGUCUAUACAAACUGCAGAGUGGAGGAGCCAUGUUAGGACCCCCUGGAGCACCAGGUGCACCUGGCCCCAAAGGAGACGAGGGAAGAGUGGGAGAUCCAGGAGCCAUGGGUUUACCUGGACUAGAAGGACUACCUGGAGCCAAGGGUGAUCUGGGGAUGCCUGGAACCCCUGGAAUACCUGGACCUUCAGGGAAACCUGGAGCUCGCGGUGAUUCGGGGACCCCUGGGGAACCGGGUGAGAGGGGCCCGCUGGGGGAGACAGGAUUCCCAGGUCCUGAGGGACCCCAAGGUGCUCCU